UUCAAAACUUUGUCAGCAGAAAAAGGUCGAUUAGUGUUUUUUUUUUUUGGAGACGCAAAAAUGAUGAGAGCGCGUUUGGUGUGGUUCGGUAUGGGCUUCUCCUCGACCGGAGCUGCAAUUUCUCACCUGAUUUGGAAAGAUCUCAUCGUCGAUCGCUCCGCUCUUUCCUCCGAUGUGAUGAAUACGUUUGCAGCUCUUGAAAGCAGAAUCGUGGGCCUGGAGCAUUCUUAUCAGAACCCGAAUCCGGCUGCUCAGGCUGAAGAAUAGAUAACUGUUGGAGCGCAAUGAAGUUUAGGCUGGCCUCUCAGAAUUGAGUUUAUUUGGCAUUUCAUGCCAGGCUGAACGCUAUUGUUUGUUGACCAAUGUGCUGACACUAUACAGUAAUGUCAAGUCAUGUGGCUAUUUUAUUGAA